AUGUCGACUCCGCCUCUUAAAAAUUCAACACCGAAGAAUCUAAAAAGCUCCAGUCCGCCUCAGAAUCUGAAUAUGGGCAUCUCAAAUGUUCAGGCUGAUCUCUCAGACGGUACUAUCAUGGUGCUUGCUCCGACUGGCGAACCAGUGAAAGCAAAAGUUACGGUGCACUUCAAUGCCAUCGGUUCAGCACCGCUACUGCGGCAAAAUUUAUGCAAGAUCAGCAGCACACAGCGAUUUGAAGCAAUCGUCGCAUACCUUCGCCGAACGCUCAAGGUGGCUCCUUCUGAAAGUGUCUUUCUUUACGUUAACAACAGCUUCGCCCCAGCUCUUGACGAAGUGGUGGGAAACUUACAUCGCUGCUUCAAGGAUUCCAAGGACCAGCUAGCUGUCACAUAUUCCAUGACACCUGCUUUUGGAUAG